CCUUUCUGUCGCCUCAGCUGCAUUUCGCAGUCUCCCCCGUUCCCGUCAACUUGAAAUCUUUACCCCAAUUAACUAGGUGCCCGCCGCCUUCGUUCAUUUUGAUGCCUCCGCUGGGGUGCAGGCGCAACCCGGGCCCUGGGCUGGCGCGGCUGCGUGCGACAUCAGCCGCGUCAGGGCCCCAUCCCCUCUAUCCCGGCGCAGGACGGGCACGGAGCCAACCCUCCUCCUCCUCCGUAUUUAGCCAUUCGGGGACACCUCACCCACAACUUGCACAGCUCGAUGCCGUGCGCAUCUUCCAGACAUUCUCUCCCUCUCGAGCAUUCACAAACCGGCUGCAACGCUCGUUACAUCCACCACCGCCGCCAUCCGCUCUUUCUUGUUCCUCUCCGUCUGCGACGACGACAAAGACGACGAGGACGACGAUAACAACAGCCACCCAGAGCUCACCUGCAAGAACGAGAACAAGGCUAUUCUCCCCCCUCGGCCGCAUCAUGGGGACGGGGACGCAACAAACUCGGGGCCACGCCGGCCAUGGCCACCACCAUCACCACCAUCACGACAACGUGUACCUCACCUCGCAAAACAAAAAAGACGCCGGCGUGCGCAUCACGCGCAUCGGCCUGUACUCCAACCUGGGCAUGACCGUCGUCAAGGCCGCCGGCGGCUACGUCUUCAAUUCGCAGUCGAUGAUCGCCGACGCGUGGCACUCGCUGACCGACCUCGCCUCCGACGUCCUGACGCUGGCCACCGUCUCGUGGAGCCUGCGCCCGCCCACCGAGAACUUCCCGCAGGGCUUCGGCAAGAUCGAGAGCCUGGGCUCGCUGGGCGUGUCGAGCAUGCUGCUGUUCGGCGGCCUGUUCAUGUGCAUGAGCAGCUGCGAGUCGCUGUACGCCCACUUCUUCCUCGACCCGGCCGCCGCCGCCGAGCUGCUCGAGCACGGCCACGGACACAGUCACGGCCACCACCACCACGGACACCUGCAUGGGCACGGUGUGGGCGCCCCGAGCUUGCAUGCCGCGUGGCUAGCAGCGGGGACGGUGGCAAUCAAGGAGUGGCUAUACCAUGCUACCAUGAAAGUAGCCCGCGAGCGCAAAUCUUCCGUGCUCGCGUCCAACGCGGUCCACCACCGCGUCGACUCGCUCACCGGCAUCGUCGCCCUGCUGGCCAUCCUCGGCGCCAACCUGCUGCACGACGCCACCUGGCUGGACCCGGUCGGCGGCCUGUUCAUCUCCCUGCUGGUCAUCCGCGCCGGCUUCAACAACACGCUCUCGGCGCUGUACGAGCUGGCAGACCGGUCCAUCGACGCCGAGGUGCGCGCGGCCGUCUCGCGCCAGGUCGCCAAGGCGCUGGCCGACGACGUCGCGCAGGGCCGCGGCCGCGAGGUCCAGCUGCGCGACGUCACCGGCGUCAAGUCCGGCCAGAACUACCUCGUCGACCUGGAGCUGGCCGUGCCGAGCCUGUGGACGGUCGAGGACGUGCGCGGUGUCGAGGAGGCCGUGCGGACCCGCGUCGGCGCCAAGGUGCGCGGCGUGAGGAGGGUGCGCGUCAGGUUCGUGCCCAGCACGGCGGCGGCGGCCGCCGCGCCGGACCGGUUCGACGAGUUCAUCCCCGCGGACGUCAGCCCGCGCUCGAGUCCCGAGCCGGAGGAGGAGAACAAUGGGCUGGAUCACGAUCACCACGAUCACCACCACGAUCACCACCACCACCAUCACGAGGAUCGAAAGUCGAAAUGAAGGCCCCGAUGUCGGCUGGGCAUAGCAGCCA